AUGGAUAUGAAAAAGAAGAAGCGGAAGGUCCUGCUGAUGGGCAAAAGUGGCUCGGGGAAGUCCUCUAUGCGAUCGAUUAUAUUUAGCAACUACGUCGCAAAGGAUGUACGGCGGCUUGGGGCAACUAUCGACGUGGAACACAGUCAUGUCAAGUUCAUUGGAAACUUGACUCUGAAUCUAUGGGACUGUGGAGGACAAGACGCGUUCAUGGAAACCUACCUGGCCUCGCAGAGAGAGAAUAUAUUUUCCGACGUGGCGGUGCUGGUAUACGUCUUCGAUAUCGAAUCCCGCGAAGUCGAACGUGACCUAGAUACUUACGGCUCCAUCAUGGGCGCACUCCAAGAAUUCAGUCCAAAUGCCUACGUCUUCUGUCUCAUCCAUAAGCUCGAUCUAAUCCAGACGGAGCAUCGAAGACGAAUAUGCGAGGAACGUUCAGCUCUGAUUCGUGCUCGAUCGGGUUCGUUUACAAUCGAUACCUUCGGCAGCAGUAUAUGGGACCAGUCCUUGUAUAAAGCUUGGGCGGGGAUUGUGCAUAAACUUAUUCCUAACCUUACUGUCAUAGAACGGUUCUUGACUGCGUUUGCAGCGAAAAUUGAUGCGGAAGAAGUGGUCCUGUUUGAACGAUCGACGUUUUUAACCAUCACAUCUGUGACGUCCGAGAUUGGCAAAUUAAAUCCUAUAUAUGAUCGCCAUGAACGGCUAUCGAAUAUCAUGAAGGCGUUCAAGCACUGUGCUGCGAGGAAUACACAUACUACCCCUGCAUCGGCGAGUUUUCUGGUUAUGCACACCAAAACUCCACAGUUCAACGUGUUCUUAGGCCUGUUUACCGAUAACACCUACAUACUUGUUGUGAUACCGCCUGGCGAGGCCGCAUAUAACUGUGCAGUUAUGAAUACGAUGCUGGCGCGGGAAGGGUUUGCUAAAGGAUCCUCAGGUGGCAGCAGUGAUGGGUUCCCGCUUUCAUAUUCUGACACUCCGGGUAGCGUACCGAACGGGCACACUACAGGACUUGGUUGA